AUGGCAACACCCACAAGCACAUCAACAUCGCCCACCUACAGCUCGCCACCCACCUUCUCCGCCAUCAUCGAACAAGACCACAACAACAUCAACAAACUCGCGGGCCGACUAAGCAAAGCCCGCACAGCCGCCGAACGGGGCCGGCUCCUCCUAGACGUGACCUGGCGGCUAGUCCGACACGACGUGUCGGAAGACAUCGUGAUGCGGCCGGCGUUCAUCCAACAGCUGGGCGACGAGGGCCGGGAGAUGGCCGAGCACGACCGCACCGACCACGACCGGGCCAAGCAAGAGCUCCUGGCCAUCUUCGAGCUGUCCCUCGACUCCGACGACUUCCCCAACGUCAUCAACCGCCUCUUCGCAGAACUGCUCGAGCACAUGAAGGUCGAAAGCGGCGAGCAGAUUCCCCGACUCGAGGGCAUGUUGGAUCUCUUCGAGAGCCAGAGGCUCGGCCGCGAGUAUAUCCGCACCCAGAUGCUCACGCCAGACUUGGAGUAUCUGGAUGCGAGUGGCAUGAGGCGGAAGAUGUGGAGGAAUGUAGAGGAGUAUGCUCGCACCGAUCUCAGCAGGUUUAGGGAAAUCUGGGAGGAUUUUCUCGCCGGGCGGUUGAGGUUGAUGGCUGAGACUGGUGGUGUUGCUAUGCCUGUUGUCAAGGGCAAAUUAUGA